UGCCUCUCUAAUGUACUGUGUAUGUGUGGUGGGGGGAGGUGGGUGUGUAUGUCCUCUGAUCCAGGCUCUUUUCUCUUCCUCAGUCACCCCCGAAGCCAUCGGCUUCCUGUCUGCAGUGGGGGUUUUUGUGGUACUACUGGCCGUGCUCCUCCUCUUCAUCAACCGGAAGCUAUGCUUCUCUCGUGUGGGAGGCCUGCCCUGCCUGGAGCAGCACAGCAAGCAGAGGCGUGGUCAGAAAAAGGGCGGGGUUCACCUGGGCCUGGUGGACAGCUUUGGGGAGGACGACGACCUCACCACGUCGUCAGACAGCGGCGACGAGGUCAUGAAGCAGUUUGAGAUCUCGGUGCCGCGCUCCCAGAGUUCACAAACGGGUUUGACUGAGACCUGUCCUGCGGCCGCUGUCGAAGCGUGUCCCACAGAUUCUCGCCCGCCAGCCGAGCAGAGACGGGGUGGCAGAGAAUCCUCCGACAGCAGAGAGGGCGCCAGAGGCAGACCGAGACCCCCAGAUGGAGAAUCCUGCCCAGACAAUGAACAGGGCCCCCUGUGGGCACAGGAUCCUGUUGAGGGGCUGGAACUGGAGGUACGUCGAACCUCGGUGAGGAACCCGGAGAGCGGACCUGAAUGGCGAGCCUCAGAGGUCGGUCUGGAGAUGGAGACGGCUGUGGACAACCUAGGCUACGAUCACCGGGAGGUUCCUCAGAGUGCCUACAUUUGGAAUGAGAGGCAUGAUGUCCAGAGGCUGCGGUACAAGCCGCCACACGUCCAGCGACCCGUCUCUGCCUGCGGUGAUGUCAUCACGCUGCUGGAGUAUAAAGGGCGAGCGCAGAGGCUGCUGGUGACGGUGAUGGAGGUGCAAGGUGUGGAGAACCUGGAGGCCGAGGCCUGGCUGCUACGCCUGGUCCUGCUGCCGAGCCGCCGGAGGCGUCACAAGACCGGUGCCCAGCGGGGGCCGAUACCCUGCUUCGGGGAGACCUUCCGCUUCUCACACGUGGAGCCCACAGAGCUGGAGCGCUCCGCCCUGCGCCUCCGUUUGUACGCCGUGGGCGGGGCGGCCCGGGAGCGCCUGGUCGGCCAGGGGCUUAUGCACCUCUGUGGACUCAAACUGGAAGGGAAGAUGGAGGUGUCCCUCACACUGGAGGCCCGCAGCCACAUGGAGAGCGUGCCGACCAGGCAGAGCCCAUCGGCUGCCUCCCAGAGCGACAGCGCCUCGUCCUCCCAGUCCCUCUCCCACAACGCGGAGCCCGAGCUGCUCCUGGGACUGGCUUAUAAUGCAGUGACUGGCCGCCUCUCUGUGGAGCUCAUCAAGGGAAGCCACUUUGGCAGUCUGGGCAUCAACAGGCCCCCUGAUACCUAUGGCAAACUGACGCUGCUAGACACUGUGGGCCAGGAACUCUCCCGCUGUAAGACCUCCCUCCGCCGGGGCCAGCCGCACCCUGUCUAUAAGGAGACCUUCGUCUUCCAGGUGGCACUCUUCCAGCUUUCCGACGUCACGCUGCUGGUCUCCAUCUAUAGCCGGCGCAGCAUCAAGCGAAAGGAGCUGCUGGGCUGGGUGUCGCUGGGGCACAAUGCCAGCGGCCGGGAGGAGUGGCUGCACUGGCAGGACAUGCGGCAGUCGCAGGGGCAGCAGGUGUGCCGCUGGCAUGGCCUGCAGGAGGCGUAGUGGGGCCACACACCCCCUCCCAGCCAGGGCUCACAGAAGACGUACGAUGAUUCUCCCAGCCUCUCGGUCUGCUCCGUAUUGGACCAAUCUCACAUAUGACUGCAUCCCAAUUGGCUACACCAAUGUCUCGACACCCAGAGCCAGCACUAGGGGGCAGUGUAACCCAGGGUUCAAGACGGACCAUUCAGUAUGCUGGGUUGUCAUCAAUCGCUGUGCAAGAUAGACGGACUGGCUGUCAGGAACAAGUAACAAGACAUUUUUCAGUCAUGUUCUGACUUCAUUGACUGUGUGGCACGAUGGCCCGGGGAUUGUGGGUAGGUGGAUCGGGCACAGGAGACGAGCUGCUGUAUGAGUGAAUAAAACCAAGGACCUCAGUUUACUCCAUGUUCUGCUUUUCUCAUACAGAUUCACACAGUUAAGGGACAGUUUUUGUCUAACAUUAGUAAUCAAACUACUCAUGUGUAACGUUGGGCACUGGGGGGGAUUGGAGUGCACAGCUGCUAGAUGAAUGACAUGAAAUGCACUUGGCGCAUCAGGAAACUCGCAUAUAAGCAAGUGCAUGGUCAACACCAAGAAAGUCAUUUAUGCCGAAUGGAAGAUGGAAAGGUGGCUCUAACUUGCGCUGCUUCGCAGUUUUUCUGAUGCCGUCUUCUGCCUGGGGGGCCUGUGCACCUGCGCUCAUGGGGUUUCUGUGGGACCUCGGAAGCACAGCAGGCGUUCUCAGGCACUGCGUCUGCGUCUGCAUGGCAAAAUACGUUUGUGCUCACUAAUGCAUAUUUCUGUAGAAAUGGAGGAGGAGGAAGUUUCCCAGAAGCCUCCUGCCCCCCGUCGCAUGUAGGGGCCUCGAUCGUGCCCGUGCCAUGCGUACGAAGAGGUGCACCAUGGGAAUUAGCUGCCGCGUGGACAGCAUGGCCCCUGGCAGCUCGAAUGUCUUCUGCAGAUACUUCCUGCUGUAUCAGUAAAUCGACCCAUGAAUUCUGCUGAUGCCUUCUGUUCCAUUUAUCUGAUCUGAUGAUCUGUGUCCUGUUUGCUCCGGUGCUCUUCACAUGUUUUAUGUAGAUAUUCUUUAUUUGGAAUUGCAGUUUAACACUGUCUUCCUGUAGUUCCAAGGAAAUCGUUUGAUCUUAUCGGAUAAGCAGGACCAAAUGGGAAGGAGUGCUUCCUCGCUGUGGGUCACCUUCCAUAGCUACCGAUCCACGCAUGUUCAUGCUCCUAACCGAGGGAAAAUGUCAAGGAGCACAGAACAGAAGAUGCCAGGUCCAGCGUGUCCGAGUGCCUAGUUUGAAAAGUAAGAGCACUUCGCGUCGUCAGGCUGAGGGCCGCAGAAGGAACCAGGAACUCAUUUUCUGAAAACCUCUGUCUUCAAAACGUUGAUUAUUUCUCUGAGUAGCGUAGAGAUGUCGCGCUUCCCAGCACCAAUCAUGCUCUUACAGAAGAAGGUCAUCACAGCAAAGAGACCAUUCAGGAUUAGUUUUAUUUAGUUUUAUUUUUUUGGAAUCUCUUGAUGCCUACAACCUGGGAUAUUAAACGUGAUCCAUAGCUUGUGCUCUAAGACAUUUUAUACAGUUUUUACAUUAUUCAGAUUAAUGUAAAAUGUCGUAUUUAUGCUGUGACGUAUUUAACUUAACGCUGCAUGGGUUUCCAUCACGUUUGGAUUCACAUUGUUUAUUCUUUAAGCAUGUAUACGUACUUUGGGAGGUUAUUCUAGGAUUAUGGGUAAAAAAAAUUCUAAUUUCAUUAGAGUGAUGUGGCAGAUCCAGGUGGGGGGAGGCUGCACUUUACAGGCCCUUAAAUAUGUCAAAUUAUAUGUAAAAUUGGGCACAAUACUUGCUGUUGUGGUUAAGAGUAUUUAAUCAGACCCAUUAAGAUACAGAAACCCACAGCCUGCAGUGAUGCUGCUGACUCAUGUUCAUUAACUGGACAGAACCUGGCUGUGCUUAAUAAUUUCGCUUAAGGCAGUAGAAGAUAAUCCAGCUGUGUUUCACAUUGAAUCCUGGCACUUGCAUUGCACUGUAUAAUGUUACAGUUUUUAUUGUCCCUUAGAUUUUUUUCCAUAAUAUAUAUCGUGUUAUGUUACGCAAACACUAAUCUCUUGGAUGGAUCUUAUUUUAAUAAAUACAUGAUUUCAUUUACUUAUUA